AGACGUCGGCGGCGCCGCCAUGGGGAGGCCAUGCCACGACACUGCUCCGCCGCCGGAUGCUGCACCCGGGACACGCGGGAGACCAGGAACCGGGGAAUCUCCUUCCACAGGCUGCCCAAGAAGGACAAUCCCCGGCGCGGGCUGUGGCUGGCCAACUGCCGGCGGACGGACCCCAGCGGUCAGGGCCUGUGGGACCCGGCCUCGGAGUACAUCUAUUUCUGCUCCAAGCACUUCGAGGAGAACUGCUUCGAGCUGGUCGGCAUCAGUGGCUACCACCGGCUGAAGGAGGGAGCCGUGCCCACCAUCUUUGAGACCUUCUCCAGGCUGCGCCGCACGGCCAAGGCCAAGUCCCACCCGUUCAAAGGCUCCUCGCCGGACCUCGCCAGGCUGCGGCGUUGCAGGAAGCGCUGUUCCGGAUGCCGGGGGCCGGGCUCCCCGUUCCCCAGGUCCAGCUCCGGCGACGGCUCCGCCUUCCCCAGGCCCGGUUCCGGCCCCUCGUCCCCCGGACCCGGCGACGGCCCGGCGUUCCCCGCCGGCUCCCCGCCGGCCGAGCCCGAGCCGGCCGCCCCCCUGCCGGACCUCCUGGGGCCGGCGGACCCUGGCGGGGCGGCCGGGAGCCCCCCGCCGCCUUCGGAGCCGGAGCCCCCGGCCCCCCGGCCGGUGUCCCCCUCGGCCUACAUGCUGCGCCUGCCCCCGCCGGUCGGCGCCUACAUCCAGAGCGAGCACAGCUACCAGGUGGGCAGUGCCCUGCUGUGGAAGCGGCGGGCGGAGGCGGCCCUGGACGCCCUGGACCAGGCCCAGCGGCAGCUGCAGGCCUGCAAGCGGCGGGAGCAGCGGCUGCGCCUGCGCAUCGCCGAGCUGCAGCAGGAGCGGCUGCGGGGCAAGCGCGCCCAGGCCGACGUCCGCCAGGCCCUCAAGAACCACCUGCACGGCUUCGAGCUGCAGCUCAGCAGCAACUCCGACUGAGCCGCCCGGGUUGGAAGCCCGGCCGCAGGCGAGUCGCUUCGCUUUCCCUCAGCUGGGAAGUGGGAAUCGACCGGCCCCUCUCCCGCUUAGGCCGCGAGCCCAAGGUGGGGCGGGGACGGGAUCGGACCCGAUCCGGCCCCGUGCCCGGUACCUCCGUGGCACCUCGGGAGCGCUUAAGGACCCUGACCGGCGUCGUUAUUUUUACUAUUGGGGCAAGGGCGGUGCUGGGCUCCGCCCCCCCAUCCUCCCCCUCUCUGGUCCAAGGUGAAGAGCCCCAGCUUGGCCUGAGGCGGUAGGGGACGGAGAGCCGGCUCUUGGCCCCGGUGGUCACUGACUGGACGGUAGACUCCCCCCCUCCCCGCCGCUCUGCCCCAGGACACUAACCUUCGACGGGUGCAGUCGGGCCCCUACCCUAGAAGAAGGGAGGGCUUCCCGACACGCGGGAGGAGGCGCGGGCCCCGCUGGACCUCGGGUGGACAGAGCAAGGGCAGUAAAGACAUUUGUGCGUA